ACUCCGCUUCAGCAUUUGUAAGAAAAUGAAAUGCGAAAAAUGUUACAGAUCUAGACCUAUCGAUGGCCUUAAUAUCUCAUUUUGCUAGAAGUAGUAGAACGUCAUGAUACAGCAUACAUCACUUUUACGGCCCAUUCUUCUAAAUAAUGGCGCCAAAAUGCCUCGGAUAGGGGUAGGAACAUACCUGCUGCAAGGUGAACUUUGUCGAGAAAUAGUGGAAAGAGCUCUUCAAUUGGGAUAUCGCCAUGUUGAUACAGCGCACUCUUAUGAAAACGAGAAAGACAUAGGAGUUGCAAUACAUGCCAUAGAGAGACGAGGAAAUAUAAGUAGAAAACAGCUCUUUGUGACCACGAAAGUCAACAGGAUUUAUCAACAUCCGGUUGAUGUGAAGCUUUCAUUGGAAGAAUCGCUCGAGGAUUUAAAAUCUAAAUAUGUUGAUCUUUUACUAAUACAUUCGCCUUGGGGAUUAAAGAAUCGCGGGGAUGGGGAUACAAAACCAAUGCGGGAAGAUGGCACUUUCGAUUGCUACCCAUAUGAUUUAAAAGCAACAUGGCGCGCAAUGGAAGAUGCAGUUCACGCGGGAAAAGUCAAAUCGAUUGGACUAUCAAAUUUCACUGAGAAACUAACAAAAAUGAUCUUGGCCAAUGCUAGAAUCCGACCGCAGAAUUUACAGUUUGAAUGCCACGCUUAUUACCAACAGAAUCAGUUGAAAUCUUUCUGUGACGAGAAUCAAAUAUCUUGCACAGCUUAUGCACCCCUUGGGGCUCCAGGUAAACCUAUGUGGCACGCAUCUGAGGAAGAUAGCAAGUGUAAGCUGCUAGAAGACAAAACAGUUUUAGAUAUUGCAGAUAAAUAUGAGCGCACACCUGCCCAGAUUUUACUUCGGUUUCUUCUUGAAAGGAAUAUUGCCGUAAUACCAAAAACGUCAAGUGUACAAAGACUAGAAGAGAACGAGACCGUGUUUGACUUUGACCUAGAAGGUGGUGAUGUGCAAAAACUUAAAAGUUUAGAUCGUGGAAUAAGAUUCUUCCUUUUCAAACAAUACAGCCAUCAUUCUUACUUUCCGCAGAAGAAUGAGCCAUUUUGAAAUUAACUCCUGUGUACUUCUGUGAAGUAUUUUUUUUAGCUCACAUGAACUUUGUAUAGAACGAGAUAUUAUAUGUGGAUGGUGCGGCGUCUUUCGUCUUUACUUAAACAUAUUCUUCUUAGAGCCUGCUUGUCAACAUUACAUCAAACUUAUCAGUAGCAUCCUGGUAAGGUUAUGUCUCAAAUGUGUCUAAAUGGUUCAGCUUUGUACCUUUUGUGGGGUCUUCAGAGCUAAAAAUAAAAAUACAGUUAAACGACUUCCCAUGAACCGCUUGAAGGAUCUCAAACAAAUUUGGUCUGUAGUCUCUUUAAAAGGUUGCAUCUCAUUUUUAGCUCCACUAUUCGGAGAAUAGGGGGGCUAUACUACUCGCCCCGGCGUCGGCGUUGGCGUGAUCCGUCUUGGUUAAAGUUUUUCGGCAACCUUUGUUUUUCUGUCAUAUCUUUGUUACUAUUGCUUAUAUCUUACUGUAACUCCACAUAAACAUUGUCCAGUAUACAAACAAUGUAUGUGUAGGGGUUGAGCCCAUUAUACCCAAGGUCAAGGUCACCAAGGUGUUGUACUUAGGUUAUUUUUAAGGUUAAAGUUUUUCGGCAACCAUUGUUUUUCUGUCAUAUCUUUGUUAAUAUUGCUUAUAUCUUACUGUAACUUCACAUAAACAUUGUCCAGUAUACAAACAAUAUACCCAAGGUCAAGGUCACCAAGUUGUUAUACUUGGGGAUAUUUUAAGGUUAAAGUUUUUCGGCAACCUUUGUUUUUCUGUCAUAUCUUUGUUAAUAUUGCUUAUAUCUCACUGUAACUUCACAUAAACAUUGUCUAGUAUACAAACAAAGAACAUGUAGGGGCUGAGCCCAUUAUAUCCAAGGUCAAGGUCACCAAGUUGUUAUACUUAGGUUAAUUUUAAGGAAGUUUUCCGGCAACCUUUGUUUUUCUGUCAUAUCUUUGUUACUAUUGCUUAUAUAUUACUGUACCUUCACAUAAACAUUGUCCAGUAUGCGAACAAAGUAUGUACAGGGACUGGGCCCAUUUUAUCGAAGGUCAAGGUCACCAAGGUCUUUUACUUAGGUUAUUUUUGAGGUUAAAGUUUUUCGACAACCUUUGUUUUUCUGUCAUAACUUUGUUACUUUUGCUUAUACCUUACUGUAAGUCCUCAUAAACAUUGUCCAGCACACAAACAUAGUAUAUGCAGGGGCUGGGCCCAUUAUACCCAAGGUCAAGGUCACCAAGGAGUUAUACUUGGAAUUAUUUUCGUGUUAAUUUUUUUCGAAAGCUUUAUUAAUAGACAUAUCUCUGGUACUUUAAAAGAUAAUGACUUGAAAUUAAAAACAUUUAUUUAUAAUCAUCAUCUGCAUGUGUGGUUACAUACCCCAUAACUCUAAUUGUAUUUUUGACAGAAUUAUGCCCCUUUAGUACUUAUACUUUUUUUGCCAUCUUUGCUCUCUGGAUAUUACUUUAAUGCAAUAUAAGAUAACGACUUGAAACUUAAAAUGUAUCUUUAUCUCCAUUAUCUGCAUUUGUGGUAACACUCCCCAUAACUCUGAUUUGUAUUUUUGACCAAAUUAUGCCCCUUUUACACUUAAUUUUUUUAACAAACUUCAUUUUCUGGACAUAACUUUGGUACUAUAUAAGAUAAUGACUCGAAACUCAAAAUAUAUCUUAACCAUCAUCAUCUGCAUUUGUAGUAACGAUCCUAAUAACUCUAAUUUGUGCAUUUGAUGGAAUUUUGCCACUUGGUGUAUCUUCCUUCUAAAGUAGAGAUCUCUUAUUCAGACAUACAUUCAUUUUACUGACAAAUCCCCGAAUAGUGGAGCGCGCUGUCUUACGGACAGCACUUGUUAUUUAAAUGGAGACAGCCGAACAAAAAAAGAAGAAUCUGUAAACAACCUUCUGUCGUGAAUCACUUGAUGCACCUUCACCGGUGUGAUUCUUAUGAGGGUCCCUCUCAAGUUUAAAUAAAGGCAUACAAAUAGAAAUACCUUAAACAACUUCUCUUUGUGGACCGCUUGUUGGGUCUUCUUCAGACUUGGUCUGCAGCACCAUUUAUAAAAUUAUCUCCAUUUUUUUUAGAUAUGGGGAGGAGAGCUGACUUGGUCCCAUUUAGGCGAUGGAACAGCAGAAAAUGAAAAAGCAGUAACAUAACUUGUAAUAAACUGCCUAAGGUUUAGGAGUAUAUCAUCAAAACACAGAAAUAUUUGAUAAACGAACAACAUCUUUACCAAUUUUUACCUGACCAUUACAUGUUCUGCCGUACUGUCCCGUACGACGGAUACUCAAAAUAUUCACCCUUUGAAAAUGAAUAUCAUUUGUAAAGAAAAAGUAAACAAUUGUUGAAAACUGUAUUCCACCUAGUUAUGUGAAGUUUCAACACUUGUACGUUAUUGCAAAUGCAUCAAAACGAACAUAUGUAACAGUUCUUUGAAAAUGCUGAGUUUUUAAAAGCGUUUAACUGUCCGGAAGUGGAGCCCAUUUAGGCAGUCCUUUUCCGGAAUUCAAUGUUUAUAUCGAUCAGUACAUUGACACUUGUUUUGUAAAGUAAUGUACAUGUUUUACAUGCUGUCAAUUUUCUAUGAUUUAGUGCUGUUUGAUUUUUUUCCUCAAAACGUAAGGCUAAGCGUUAAUGGAUGCUCACCAAAGUUGAUGAUUAGACGCAAAGUCUAAAGGUUUAGGUCUUCCUCAGAUGAGCGGCUUGUGCCAAUUUGGGUAUCUUGUUCGAUCAUAUUUUUUAGCUCACCUGUCACAUAGUGACAAGGUGAGCUUUUGUGAUCACCCUUCGUCCGUCGUCUGUGCGUGCGUCCGUCAACAAUUUCGUGUCUGCACGAUAGUGGUUUCGUUUAUGAUUUUAUUUUAACCAAACUUGCACACAACUUGUAUCACCAUAAGAUCGCGGUUCCUUUCUUGAACUGGCCAGAUCCCAUUAUGGGCUCCAGAGUUAUGGCCCCUGAAAGGGCCAAAAUUAGCUAUUUUGACCUUGUCUGCACAGUAGCAGCUUUAUUUAUGAUUUGAUUUGAACCAAACUUGCACACAACUUGUAUCACCAUAAGAUCUUGGUUCCUUUUUUAAACUGGCCAGAUUCCAUUAUGGGUUCCAGAGUUAUGGCCCCUGAAAGGGCCAGAAUUAGCUAUUUUGACCUUGUCUGCACUUUAGCAACUUCAUUUAUGAUUUUAUUUUAACCAAACUUGCACACAACUUGUAUCACCAUAAGAUCUUGGUUCCUUUUUUGAACUGGCGAGAUUCCUUUAUGGGUUCCAGAGUUAUGGUCCCUGAUACGGCCAGAAUUAGCUAUUUUGACCUUGUCUGCACAAUAGCAGCUUCAUUUAUGAUUUGAAUUUAAUCAGACUUGCACAAAACUUGUGUCACCAUAAGAUCUCAGUUCCUUUCUUGAACCGGCCAGAUCCCAUAAUGGGUUCCAGAGUUAUGGCCCCUGAAAGGGCCAAAAUUACCUAUUUUGACCUUGUCUGCACAAUAGCAGCUUCGUUUAUGAUUUGAUUUUAACCAAACUUGCACACAACUUGUAUCACCACAAGAUCUUGCUUCCUUUCUUGAACUGGGGAGAUUCCAUCAUGGGUUCCAGAGUUAUGGUCCCUUAAAGGUCCAAAAUUGGCUAUUUUGGCUUUUGCAGCCAUAUAGAGACUUCAUUUAUGGUUUUAAUUUGAUACAAACUUCCAAAAUAUCUUCAACAACAAUAAAUCUUGGAUUCAAUGACAAAUCAGAUCCAAUCGUAGGUUCAAGAGUUAUUUUAUAUCUGAUUACCUCCCCUGAUUGUAAUCAAAAUGGAUUUAUAUCAGUAAGUACUUAUAGGACUUAUUUGAAAUUUCAUUAUUUUUAUUAGUUGGACUGAGACAAUCAGGGUAGAUAACUAUGGACUGAAUUUAUGUCAAAUUACCUCCCUUUAUUUCAAAUUAAAAUGGGUAUAUCUCCAUAACUAAUGAAGAUACUGAUCUGAAAUUUCAUUUAUGUCAACAGAUUUAUUUGGCAGAUCCUUCUUUUGUUCACUUACAAUAUUUUUUUUUUAAUAACUUCCCUUUUACGUUACUAUAAAUAGCUUAUUUUUAGUAACUUUUUUAUUAUUGGCCGUAGGGAAAAACCGAGACCACUUUUCUGUUGUACAACAUGGAUGGUACCUCCAAUUUUUAGGUGUAUAUGACAUAUCUAUACCUUGUAAGAUUUUUUUUUUCUUUUUGGUUAAAUUUCUUCCCUUUGUUGUUCCUGUCCUUUCGACUUAGAUAUUUUUUCUGAGGACCUUCUUGUCCUCAAGUGCAGUGAUAACAGGUGAGCGAUAUAGGGCCAUCAUGGCCCUCUUGUUUUAUUUUAGCAGUUGCAGUUUUGGGUACAACAUUUCUACUUUUAUAUUUUAAACCGGUGUUGUUUUUUAUAUACAUCAUUACAUCAGAUAUUAAAUGUUGCUUGGUGUUACAGCAAGCUGUAGCCCUUGAUACUUAAUAAAUCAAAUAACCUCAAUGA